AUGAGGAAGUACGGAUUGUCGGUGGAUAACGUCGUCGGAUCCGGAAUCGUUGAUUCGAACGGGAAUAUAUACACCGAUCGGGUUUCGAUGGGGGAAGACCGUUUCUGGGCGGUUCGAGGAGGUGGUGCCGCGAGUUUCGGCAUCGUGCUGGGAUACAAAAUCCGACUUGUUCCGGUCAACGGUACGAAGCCUGGUGAGAAGACGGUUUUAGCUUCUUUCAUUGGGAUGUAUUUAGGCCGGUCGGAUAAGACUAUUGAACGUGAUGAACCGGGAUUUCCCGGAGUUGAAGCUGAAGAAAACCGAUUGUACCGAAAUGAGAUGGAUCGAUUCGGUGUUGUUUUCCGAUCGGUACACCGACUUCCGUACUGCUAA